AUGUCCGUCGCGCCCGAGGAGGCCGCCGUGCCCGUCGCGGAUGCGCCGCAGUACCGCUACCUGCAGGAGAUCUCGCAGAUGAUCUUUGUGUUUGCAGGCAUCACCGAUCCGCACACAGACGUCGUCAAGCUCGUGGAGGACAUUGUGCGCUGCCAGGUGCUCGAGCUCAUCAUCCAGUCGCGCCGCCUCUCGCAGCGCCGCGCCUCGCGCACCGUCGCGCCCGAGGACCUCAUCUUCCUCAUCCGCACCGACCGCGCAAAGGUGAACCGCCUCAAGACGUACCUCAGCUGGAAGGACGUGCGCAAGAACGCAAAGGACAGCGAGGGCGGCGAGGCGGGCGAGGAGGAUGCGGAGGCGCUGCCCCGUUCGAAAGCCAAGAAGAUCCGCCUGCCGUGGGAGCUGAGCACCAUGUUCUCCGAGCAUCUCACGAGCGGCGCCUCGGCCUCGGCGGCCGCGGGCAUCAUGGAGCAGGAGGAGGAGGACGACGAGGACGACGUCGAGGCGCUCGAGGACAGCCUGCAGCGCCUGCGCGACGCCGACGAGGCGACGCGGCGCAUGACGCGCGAGGAGUACGUGCACUACUCGGAGUGCCGCCAGGCGUCCUUCACCUUCCGCAAGAGCAAGAAGUUCCGCGACUUCAUCAACUUUGCCGCGUACAGCGACGUCAAGCCCAACGACGACAUCAUCGACAUCCUCGGCUUUCUGGCGUUCGAGGUGGUGCGCGAGCUGUGCGUCGGCGCCAUGGCCAUCAAGGCCGAGCUCGAGGGCUCGUCUGCCGCCGGGCCGUCACGCACUGUCGCACCCGCUGCCUCGUCGUCGUCGCUCGACGGCGAGACGCGCGAAGACGGCGCGGCAGGCAGUAGCAGCACGGGCGGCAAGCGGCGCCUCGACUCGCCCGAGGAGAGCCGUGCGGGCGCAAAGCGGCGGCGCAGCAACUCGCCCGACGAGGCAUGCACGCUCUUCACCAUGCCGCCCGUCAAGGAGAGCAGCCUGAUGCCGGCGCACAUCCAGGAGGCGUUUGCGCGUCUGCAGCGCAAGGCGCCUGCGCUCGGCACGGGCUGGGGCGGGCGGCCGGGAGGGCUGCGUCGCACCCGUGUGCGUGUCAUCUGAAGCGUCUCGCCUCUGUCUCAGCCGUCUGCGCCCACCUGUAUUCUACCAUUUCGCAACCGCAUCGUCACCGUGCUCACGCUGCGUCGCAU